AAGGUUCCCCAAGGGCAGGUGGCCUGGAUCUAAUAGAUCACGGCCGCGUGCCAGCCGCGAGUUCUGCGUUCACAUUCGUACGCCCUGCCGUUUCGAAAGGCUCCAAAAGCAGCGCCUCGCUCGUGGCACGGUGCCCGAGCUCGGGAAGCGGACGCUGGCUUGACGGGGCCCGGCGAACCACCAACACACGCAGCCAUGAGCGCCGCCGCCGCCGCCCCACGAAGCACCGGGCACCUUCGCUUGGACGGGAAUGUUUCGGAGAAACAGAACGAGCUCAGUUCGGAAAAGACACUAAGUAGCGACAAGUUGUCUCCGUUGUACCGCUGCGCGCGGUCGAAAUGCUCGGGUAGCUGGUACUGGGAUGGCCCGGCGACAGAACCUGUGAGAUGUCCGCAAUGUUCUGCUCUCAACUGCCUCGCCUGUCGGGCCAUCCACGAGGGCCUCUCGUGCGAGCGGUACAUCCUGCGCAUCGUCAAGGCCAUGGACAGCGGAGCUUUGGAGGAUUCCAAGGAAAAAAAGAAGCGGCUUCAAGAACAGUUGGAGCUGUACACCAAAGACAUCGUCGUAAAUUCGGCGCCGUUCACAUGCCCAGUUUGCAAGUCCGAUGUGGCAAAGGGAGAUGGCGUUUGCCUGAAGAGUUGCCACCAUUCGGUGUGCAGGUGUUGCGUGGUUCAAGCCAUAGAACGGUCUGGUACAGUGGCAGUGAAGUGCCCGUAUUCUGAAAACAAUAUUACUUGCGACAUCGACAUUGAAGACACCGAAGUCCGAGCGCUGCUGACCAAAGAGGAGUACGAAGAGUACCUGCAGAAGGGCUUGCUGGAAGUGAAGGUAUCCGCAAAGAACUUCUUUCACUGCAAAACUGACGAGUGCCCCUGGUGGUGCUUCAUAGAAGCGAGCGUGCCAGAAGUUGAGUGCAAGGUGUGCGGCACCAAGAACUGCGUCAACUGCGACGCCAUUCACCUGGGCAUGACAUGCGCCGAGUAUCAGGCUUGGCAAGCCAGCAUGAAGCAGCUGGUUCCAGUGCGAUGUGUCAGCGACAUGGACAAUCUGAUGUCUUUCAUGCUACACGUUGCUUACAUGGCGUGCAUCGUAUACCUGCUAGUAAAGUGUAUUUUCCCGUAACACACUGUACGCGCUGCAAUUCCGCGCUACGCUUGCACAUACAGUGACCGCGCUCGAGUACCGCGUUCCUUUCCCUGUCGCUUUGCAACUAAAGUAAAAAAGCUUUAAUAGACUUACCAUCCGCUAUACGGAGUAAGAACG